GGCAACAAGUUAAGGCUCCAGUGAUCGUCCCAUUGCUCCGGGCCGUGGUGGCAGUUGGCUUGACGAUGUCGGUGAUGUUGGUCAUUGACAGGGUGUACAUGUCUAUUUUCAUUUUCAUAGUCAAGUUAUUCGGAAGAACGCCGGAAAAAUGUUACAAAUGGGAACCUAUGCCGGAGGAAGAUAUAGAGCUUGGCAGCUCGGAGUUCCCUGCAGUUUUGAUCCAAAUACCAAUGUAUAAUGAGAAAGAGGUCUAUAAGCUUUCCAUUGGCGCUGCUUGUGGGCUCUCAUGGCCAUCAGACCGAAUUAUAAUCCAGGUUCUUGAUGAUUCAACUGAUCCAACCAUCAAGGAGAUGGUUGAGAAGGAGUGCAAGAGAUGGGAGAACAAAGGGUUGAACAUAAGAUAUGAGACAAGAAUAGACAGAAAGGGAUACAAGGCUGGUGCAUUGAAAGAAGGCAUGCAACGUAGUUAUGUCAAACACUCUGAGUUUGUGGCCAUCUUUGAUGCUGAUUUCCAGCCUCAACCUGACUUUCUCCUGCGAGCCAUUCCCUUUCUUCUCCACAACCCUCAAAUUGCUCUUGUUCAAGCUCGUUGGACUUUUGUGAAUUCAGAUGAAUGUUUGUUGACUAGAAUGCAAGAGAUGUCUCUUAAUUACCACUUUGAUUUUGAGCAGGAAGGUGGCUCUGCAUGUUCUGCCUUUUUUGGCUUUAAUGGGACUGCUGGGGUGUGGAGAAUUAGUGCCAUUGAUGAUGCAGGAGGUUGGAAGGAUAGAACAACAGUGGAGGACAUGGAUUUAGCUGUUAGAGCCACCCUUAGGGGUUGGAAAUUUGUUUUUCUCCCUGAACUUAAGGUUAAAAGUGAAUUACCAAGCACACUGAAGGCUUUCAGGUACCAACAACACAGAUGGUCCUGUGGACCAACAAACUUGUUCAGAAAAAUGGUCAUGGAUAUCAUCAGAAAUAAGAAUGUAUCCCCAAUGAAGAAGUUCUAUGUGAUCUACAACUUCUUUUUGGUAAGGAAAAUUGUAUGCCAUGCAAUAAACUUCAUGGUUUACUGCAUGAUCUUACCUGCAACUUCACUAGUUCCUCAAGUUCAGAUGCCAAAAUGGGCCACUGUUUACAUCCCUCUCACUGUUACUUUCCUCAAUGCCAUUGCAACUCCAAGGUCGUUUUACUUGGUGAUUUUUUGGGUGUUGUUUGAGAAUGUGAUGUCUUUGCAUAGAACAAAAGCUUGUUUCAUUGGACUUUGGGAAGCAAAGAGAGCAAAUGAGUGGGUGGUCACUGAAAAACUAGGUCAAAUGUUAAAGAAUGCAAAUGGUAUUAGAGCUACUAAAAAGCCUUCCAUUAGCAUCAGUGAGAGGUUACAUUUGCAUGAUAUUUGGGUGGGAGCGUACCUUCUCUUCUGUGGGGGCAUCAAUGUAGCAUAUGGGAACGACCAUCAAUAUAUAUUCCUCUUCACUCAAGCAAUGGCAUUCUUCACAGUAGGAUUUGGUUUUGUUGGCACCAAUGUCCCCAACUCUUGAUGUGCUUA